UGUCUGAGGCAACACAUUGACUUUGGCUGAGAAAACAGUCAGCAAGAUGGAAGUUUGCAUAUAUCUGAUUGUGCAUUACUUCAUGGCGUUCACCUUUUUCAAAGUGGCAGCUUGCUCUGAGGUGUCCAUUAUUGGAGGCAAAGAUGUCAAAAAAGUUCAAUCAUGGAUGGUGUCCAUUCAGAAGGACCAGAAGCAUGUGUGUGGAGGAAUCCUGAUUAAAGACCAGUGGGUUUUAACGGCAGCACAUUGCCAAGAAAAACCCAUUAAAUCUGUGACGGUUCUCAUAGGAUCUCUGUCUCUGAGUAAAGGCACUCAGCGUGUUGGCAUCCUCAGUUACGAGUACCCUAAAACUUUCAAUGCAAGAACUAAACAAGAUGACAUCAUGCUCAUUAAGCUAAACAAAAAAGUGAAAGCAAAACCCAAAAAAAUCCCUAAAAAGGAAAAAGAUGUUCCACCUGGAACAAGUUGUGUUGUGACAGGUUGGGGAACUACUGUUUCUAACGGCAAGGAACCUUCUGAUAAACUGCAAAUGUUAGAGGUGUUAGUGAUGCACAGGACCCGGUGCAACCGCUACUACAACGACGAUCCUGUGAUCACCGAAGACAUGCUGUGUGCAGGAGGCAAGCAAGAAAAGACAGGCACCUGUUGGGGAGAUUCCGGUGGACCUCUGGAAUGUAAGAAAAACAUAGUUGGAGUGGUAUCAGGGUCAAAAGGAUGCAGUAAUCCCAAGAAACCGACUGUGUACACCUUUCUCUCCCAAAGACACAUCCUCUGGAUCAAUAACAUACUGAAAAAGCAAUUCAACAGCACAUCCUUUUAAGAAGCGAAACAUUUCCAGCAUGUAGACUGUUGAUUAGUUAAGAUUGCUGUAACUAAAAAAAAAAAAGCUUUUGGAAUUAAGAUUAAAUGUAUACUCACAAAGCAGUACUGGAUUAUUUUUCACACUUUUUUAACAAGUGGUAAA